GGCCGAGCCGGCGCUGGGUCCCGCGGCCAUAGCCGCGUCUUCUCUCGGCUCUGCCACCAGCCGGGGCUCGGGCCCGGGCCCGGGCCCCCGGGACAUGGCCCUCCGGAGUGCGCAAGGCGACGGCCCCACCUCCAGCCGCUGGGACGGCGGCGCCGAGAAGACAGACUUCACCGCCAAAAGGAAAAAGAAAGUGGCAGAGAUUUACCAGGCUCUGAACAGUGAUCCCACUGAUGUGGCUGCCCUUAGACGCAUGGCUAUCAGUGAAGGAGGGCUCCUGACUGAUGAGAUCAGGCAGAAAGUGUGGCCCAAGCUCCUCAAUGUCAAUACCAAUGACCCACCUCCUAUAUCAGGGAAGGACCUGCGGCAGGUGAGCAAGGACUACCAGCAAGUGCUGCUGGACGUCCGCCGGUCCUUACGGCGCUUCCCGCCCGGCAUGCCAGAGGAACAGAGGGAGGGGCUGCAGGAGGAGCUGAUCGACAUCAUCCUGCUCAUCUUGGAGCGCAACCCCCAGCUGCACUACUAUCAGGGCUACCAUGACAUCGUGGUCACGUUUCUGCUGGUGGUCGGCGAGGGGCUGGCGACAUCUCUGGUAGAAAAAUUGUCCACCCACCACCUCAGGGAUUUCAUGGACCCCACAAUGGACAACACCAAGCACAUAUUAAACUGUCUGAUGCCCAUCAUCGACCAGGUGAAUCCAGAGCUCCACGACUUCAUGCAGAGUGCCGAGGUGGGAACCAUCUUUGCCCUCAGCUGGCUCAUCACCUGGUUUGGGCAUGUCCUGUCUGACUUCAGGCACGUUGUGCGGUUAUACGACUUCUUCCUCGCCUGCCACCCGCUGAUGCCCAUUUACUUUGCAGCCGUGAUCGUGUUACAUCGAGAGCAGGAGGUCCUGGAUUGCGACUGCGACAUGGCCUCGGUCCACCACCUGUUGUCCCAGAUCCCUCAGGACCUGCCCUACGAGACACUGAUCAGUAGAGCCGGAGACCUGUUCGUUCAGUUUCCCCCGUCCAAGCUGGCUCUGGAUGCAGCUGCCCAGCAGCAGGCCGAGAAGACGGCAGCCUCUACCUUCAAAGACUUCGAGCUGGCGUCGGCCCAGCAGAGGCCUGACACGGUGCUGCGGCAGCGGUUUCGGGGCCUUCUGCGGCCUGAGGAGCGAACGAAAGACGUCCUGACCAAACCAAGGACCAACCACUUUGUGAAACUGGCGGUGAUGGGGCUGACGGUGGCGCUCGGAGCGGCCGCCCUGGCCGUGGUGAAGAGCGCCCUGGAGUGGGCCCCGAAGUUUCAACUGCAGCUCUUCCCCUAGACGCCAGAGAGGACGCUUCCUCUUCCGUGACAUUAAGGUCUCACCCUUCCAUGGAAGGAUUGGGAGGGGGUGGAAUUUCCUUUAUUAAAAGGGUUUCUGUCAAGGGUUUUCUAUUCCUGCCGGCCCUCCCUCCCUGCCUGUGGUUUGCCUUUGCUUCAGAGGCCGAGAGGGGAGCCCGCCUGGCAUCUGGCGCCGGCACUUGGAGGCCUGGCUGCGGACUCCUCUCCUUCCGGGGGGGGUUACUCAGCGUCCGCCCCCACCCCCCCCCACCCCCCCGCUGCCACCUCUCGUGUUGGAGGAACUGGGUUUCUUGAGCUGCCCACGGCUGUGGGAACUCACUGGGCCUGGUGCCUGGGGACCCUCUCGGCUGCCCAGUGGUAAGUAAGCUGGGCCACCGAGCGCCCGCCUCGCGGCUCCUCCGGUUCUGUCUGCGGCGGCCGGUCAGACACGGAGGGAGCCGCUGCUGAGGAAGUCGGACCUUGGAGCAAAGGCGAGGACAGAGGCUGCCGGCCGGGACCAAGACCGGCCCCUCUCAAGAGCAGCUCUGCUAGCUGGCGGAGCUGGUCAGAGAUCAGACAGGCGUGAACUAGGUUCCUAGGUAAAUCCUGCCUGUUUUCAACCUAGAAGGCACUUGGGCAUCUCCAGUCGAACAGGAAGGGACAUCAAGUUGUAGGGCCCAGAUACAAACUGGUUUUGCCUGCCUUGUUUCUUUUUUUCCUGUCUGUUCUCUUGCACACACCACAUGAUGUUGCUUUUAAAGGACAUUUUUAUUACUGUUUUUAGAAUUACACAUACCCAACGUGUAAAGUGCCCUCACUUUAAAAAUGAUAGUUCCUUCAUGGGAAAAAUAGUUCUCAUCACAAGGAUGAGCUUCUAGGACCCUGAACUUCCUUUCUCCCCAGUUAUUUAACACCUCACUUGAGCUCGAGUUGCUGUGUGCUAACAGCCCCGCUCCUCCGGAGUGCCCACGUGCCCAGCUUUCCUUCCUUCCUGUUUCCCUCAGACCACUUUCCUGCUCCCAUGUAGGCACCCGCUCACCACGCUGGCUUCAUUUGGGGGGGUUCAGUUUAUGCCCUCGACUGCUGGUCUCUCCUUCCUGGUUGGAGAUGUCACUGGAAACUCGUCAGCAACCAGAAAGGGACACACUGCAGUCUGCAGAGGUUGGGGGAAGCCGAGAGCAGCCAGCUCCCGCCCUGAGCUUCUUGGGGACCCUCCAGGACUUAAGGGACAAGAUGGAUCGUUCGGUCCUUCCUGGACGGCUUUUCCCGUAAGCGAAGCCAAGUUUCUUUGAGAUUAACUCUGGCUUGAAAACAAAAGUGCCUUCUGCUGCUCUGAAGAGUUGAGGCGUAUGGUAUGAAGCAGCAAUGUCCUUUCAUUUCCCUGGUCUCUGGGGCACUGUUCUCUUGGCAGGUGUUUUCUUAACGUGAACAUGCCAGAAGUCCUCUCCCUUGGCGUACCCAGACCACAGAGUGGAGGGCAUUUAGUGUGCCAGGCAGCCAGCGGGCCCAGAGCAGUGGGGAGUGGUGUCUACGCCAAGUCACGUGAAGUGACACUAAGCACUUUAAAACAGAAGGUCAAAGUGAUGGGUCAUUCUCUGUAGCAGGAGCCCCACUUGGGGUGAGUGUAAUGUGGGUGGGUUAAUCUAGACAGUGGGGGAUUCGUGAAGACCAAGGAAAUUCUUCCAGGACCCUGAGGUGGUGAUGUGACAGAUAGUCCCAGUCUUCUCCCCCCAGCAAGUUUGUCCCCUGUCAUCUUUACGGACAGAUGGCAGCACGGGCGCCUCCUGCCCCGGCACUGGGGCCUGGAAGGAAUUGAUGGGGAAGAGGGAAGGAGGGCAUGUGAUCAGGGUCCCAGGGCCACGGCCUUCAGAUGCCAGGAAGCAAAUGUCAUAUGCUCCCGCCGUGGCCUAAGGAGGGGGUUCGUUUGUUUUGUGGCUUUGCUGACAUCAGGGUUCCCCCUGCCAAUGAGAGGAAAGCAUUAUCCUUUACCUUCAGGUGGUUUACUGUUCUGUAAAGAAUACAUGUAAAUAUUUUGUACAGAGCCCUGUAUAAAAUAAAUAGCCAUACGUGGUUACUAA